AUGACUACGCCACGCAAUCCUGAGAUGGCUGCUCCCGCCUACGACGACGCAGAGAAGGGCUUGCACGAGACUCCGCAGCACCAAAUGACAGUGGUUCAAUACGACUAUCCUAAGGACGAGAAGAAGGACCCCAGCCUGAUUACCCCAACCGUCAUCCCAGCUCCUUCACCGCCGAAGCCGUCAGCCCCGAAGCCUGUCUCAAAGAGAAGAAAGGUGUCAAACUGGAUUGUCUUUCAGUUGUGGUUCAACACAUACAGGAAACUUUUCACCUUUGUGUUCACCUUGAACAUGAUCGGCAUCGGUCUAGCAGCGUCCGGACACUGGCCAUACGCCAUUCAGUUCAAUGGCGCUAUGGCGCUUGGCAACCUCAAUUUUGCCGUUCUUAUGCGUAACGAGGUAUUUGGUCGGUUCCUCUACCUUUUCGUCAAUACUCUCUUCGCCAAGUGGACCCCAUUAAAGUGGCGUCUGGGCUGCACAUCCGUCCUUCAGCAUCUCGGCGGUAUUCACAGCGGAUGCGCUGUCUCUGGAAUUUCCUGGCUAUUGCUGAAGGUUGUUCGGAACUGGAUAAAUCGCGACGUCCAACCCAACCCUAUCCUCGUAAUGGGUACGGUCACCAACCUCUCCCUGAUUAUCGCGGCAAUCAGUGCAUUCCCCUGGGUACGCAACACUCACCAUAACGUCUUCGAACGCCACCAUCGUUUCGUUGGCUGGACUGCUCUCAUCCUCACCUGGAUCUUCACGUUACUUGGUGACUCAUUCGACACUACCACGCAAACAUGGAACUCCAAUGGUAUGCACAUCGUCCAUCAGCAGGACUUCUGGUACACCAUGGGUAUGAGCGUGGUCAUCGUUCUUCCAUGGAUCUGUACUCGUAAAGUCGACGUGGAUAUUGAACUGCCAUCGCCCAAGGUCGCCAUUCUGCGAUUCAAGCGCGGGAUGCAGCAAGGGCUGCUUGCUCGUGUGAGUCGCUCUGCCGUCAUGGAGUACCACGCCUUUGGUAUCAUAUCUGAGGGGACGCACGCAAAAUACCACUACCUCAUCUGCGGUGUGCAGGGCGAUUUCACUCGCAGCCUUGUAAAUGACCCGCCCCGACAAAUCUGGACGCGAGAGCUAAAGUUCGCCGGUGUCUCGAAUACUUCCACGCUCUACAAGCGUGGUAUCCGGAUAUGCACUGGUACCGGCUUGGGCGCUGCGCUUUCCACUUGUCUGCAGAGCCCUAAUUGGUAUCUAAUUUGGAUUGGCUCCGACCAAGAAAAGACGUUCGGACCUACCAUCAGCGGCCUGAUUCACCGCCACAUUGGCCCUGAGCGUCUGCUGCUGUGGGACAGCAAGGUACGGGGUGGAAGACCCGACACCAUGAAGAUUCUGAAAGAGGUCUAUCGAGAGUGGAAUGCUGAAGUGGUGUUCAUCACGUCGAACUGGCUCGGAAACAAGGAAAUCCAAGAAGGAUGCAAGGAAGCUGGGAUCCCCGCGUUUGGGACACUCUGGGAUUUCGUGCGUACUUUCCAUCUCUCUUGCUGA